GUCUUUCGUUACUUUUUGUACAUAUCGCGAUAAUUACGGACAGCAAAGAGUUCAAUGUAAAUUAAACUAUUUUUUCAUUGUUCAAUUUCCAAUUUGUUAAUAAAAUUAAAAUUCUCUCCAUAAAUAUCCUAUACAAGUUUUAUAAUAGUUUUUUUCUAUAUUUGUAAAACUUGACAAAGGAAAUUCGAACUUAUAUUUAUACUGCUCCGAAAUGACAGAAUGCUAAUGAUAUUAAUGUUUUCAUAUGCUCAUCAGUAAAUAUUCAUAUCACAAGUGAUAGUUUAGAUUUUUUUCUGUAAAUCUGUGACACCUGUAACAUUCAAAAAUGAGUUCAGGAUUUAUAUCUGAAUCUGAAUUAUCUGAACAACGAAGAUUAAGACAAGAAGAAUGGGAACGAGUGAGGACUUCUGAUCAACCUCUUGAACGGCCUGAAGAAAAAUAUGAUCCCAGAUCACUUUAUGAAAAAUUGCAGGAACAAAAAACUAAACGUGAUUUGGAGUAUGAAGAAGCCCAUAAACUAAAAAAUAUGAUAAAAGGAUUGGAUGAUGAUGAAGUAGAAUUCCUAGAUCUCGUAGACAGGACUAAAUUAGAAGAAGAACGGAAGAAAAAUCUAGAAGAAGCAAAAGAAAUGCGUGAUUUCAAAGCUGCAGUUGCUUCAUUACAAGAGAAAUCAUUAGAUGAAAGGUUAAAACUCGAACUUAAAUCACCUCAAAGUACAAAUAAAAGUAAUUCUAGUGGAAAUGGAAGAAAUUCUCAAGUUCGUCUCUUGGCUGGAGUUGUUGUUAAAAAGUCAGAUAAAACUGAAAAAUCUCCGAAAGAAUCUCCACCUUCAGAAUCAAAAGGCGUUAAAAGAAAAUUAUCUGAAACCCAAUCUGAUGAGAAACCCUCUACAGAAAAUAAAACUGAAGAAGAUGAAAAAGAGCGAAAACAUCCAACAGUUGGAAUGAAAUGUAUUGGCAUUCUACCUGGUCUUGGUCCUUAUAAUGAUUCAAGUGAUAGUGAUUGCAGUUCAGAUUCAGAACAUGAUGAAUGCGACAAUCGCGUGAAGUAUGAUCUUUUAGGAAGGAAAAUAGAAGUAGAUAUUGAAAUAAAAUCUAGAGAAUAAGAGAAAAAUCGUUUCUAUCACACGAAAAUUCUACGAAACAAUAAUUUUUUUAAAGAAAUGUAUACAUAUAUCAAUAAACAAUAAGACAAUUAACAAACAACAAA